AAAAAACGCCAACAUAGAACUCUAGCUAGACGAGAGAGAAAAGAAUUAGAAGAAAGAAGAGAGAGAGAGAUGGGUGAGCCAAAUGCAAAAUUGUUGGACUUGUCAAGAGUUCCUAAAGUUCGAGAGGGAUUCUACGCGACGAACAAUCAGUUUCAGAAAGAGGGUCCAAAGGGUUUCAUUGAAGUGAAGGUUUUGGAGAACGACAAGCUCUAUGUUCGUGUGCACUUGCCUGGUCUCCCAGACGACGCCGUUCGCGUCAGAGUUGACUCCGUUAGACAAAAGGUUGUGUUUUUCUCCGGCGAGACGGUCAUCAACAAGAUGGAAGGCGUGCGUGAGUACUCUGGAACUGCCGGUCUUGGCUGUGACUGCUGCGAGAUCACUGGCGUCGACGAUGUCAAAAUGAAAGAUGGGGUUUUGAGGAUGAUUCUCUCAAGGGUUAAGGUCAACAAGGAUGCUCAACACAACAACAACAACAAGUGUACUCUCACUGUGCCUCCUUUCACAGGCCAAUCCGGAAUACGUUUGGAGGAUCAUCCGUAUAUCGUGAAAGGUCGCAAGGAUGCACUUUUCUUUGCACCAAUAGGGGAAGGAGGAUGUUUCUUUGCAGUAGACUUGCCAGGUGCUUGUGGGGAUGAUGAUGUAGUUGAAGUUUCUGCUGAUGAGGAUACAGUCGGUUUCAAAGCUGAGGUCAAGAACGUUUGUGAGAAUGAUGAGAGCGCUCGAACCUACCUCGGAAGCAUGAAAAGUCCUUUUGGUUCCUCUGAUCAACCUUUGAAUACCACCCACGCCAUCGAUUGGGAUGUAAGAUUUGGUGUUCUCAUGAUUCUGGUUAUACCUCUUGGCGACAUCCCCACCAUCACCAACAACAACAAUGACGCCUAAGGAAGAAGCCCUGUUUUAAUAAUCCCAUCUCCCUCUGUUCUGCUCUACGUACUUUGUUUUCAUUUUGGGACUAUUAGUUGCAUUCACUAGUACUUUUAUCUGUUUUAGUUGAGACAAUAAUGGUGUUUGAGAGAGAGUGAGACUCGUUAUGGAUUUUUAAUUUGUGUUUGCUAUGGAAUCAAGAGUGUGAUUCAUAUGUCA